AUGGCUGCUGUGUACAAAUCUAUUUCCAAAUCCAGCGCUCCAAAGGCGGAAGCGCCUAGCAAUGGCAUCAAAAAGAACAAGCAGAGGGUUCUGAUUCUUUCCUCCAGAGGCGUCACCUACCGACACCGUCACCUCCUUAACGAUAUUGCAUCUAUGCUUCCUCACAGUCGAAAGGAUGCAAAGUUCGAUUCCAAGACCAAGCUUUACGAACUGAACGAGCUGGCCGAGCUUUACAACUGCAACAAUGUUCUAUUCUUUGAGGCAAGAAAGGGCAAGGAUCUCUACGUUUGGCUCAGCAAGGUUCCCAAUGGACCUACCAUCAAGUUCCACCUUCAGAACUUGCACACAAUGGAAGAACUCCAUUUUACCGGCAACUGCCUCAAGGGAUCACGACCUGUCCUCUCUUUUGACGGCGCUUUUGACAAGCAGCCUCACCUGCGAUUGAUCAAGGAGCUCUUCCUCCACACCUUCGGAGUUCCCCAAGGUGCCCGAAAAUCCAAGCCCUUCAUCGACCAUGUUAUGGGAUUCAGCUUCGUCGACGGCAAGAUUUGGGUUCGAAACUAUCAGAUCAACGAGGUUGAGGCGACAACGAAGGAAGCAGAAGAGGAUGAGGAGUCGAAAUCCAAAUCUAGGUCUGGAAAGCCGGAUACUGACAUCAACCUGGUCGAGAUUGGUCCCCGAUUUGUCCUGACCCCCAUUGUGAUUCAAGAGGGCUCCUUUGGCGGUCCCAUUAUCUACGAGAACAAGGAAUUCGUGUCACCGAACCAGGUCCGCGCCGACCUCCGAAGGACGAAGGCCUCGCGACACAAUGCACGCGCUGAGCAAGAGGUGGAGAGACGGGCCAGGAAGGGCGAUCUCGGCCUCCGAUCUGCUGGUGGUCAGCGUCCUGCCAAGGAUGAGCUGGAUACCAAGAUGCUGUUUGCCUAG